AUGGAUUACAAACGUGAAGAGAGCAUAUACAACUUGAUACCAAAGGAACCCGUAAAGAUUGAAAAGCCAGCCAGUCAAGAUAAUGACCAUUCACCAAAUGGCAGAUCGAGAGGGACUAGGGUCUCAUUUAAAACGAUGGGGCCGGCUAAAGUGCCUCAACGUCCUCCCGAUCAGUUUCUCAAAAGCCAUGAAAAUGACGUCCACUUGCCCAAAUCCCAGCAGAGAUUUAAAUACGCAGACGCUGAAAAACGGAAGCCGCCGGUUCCAAAAGUAACCGAAAAACCGGUGAUGGGCGUGCAGUCGAAUAAAAAUUUUAUUGUCGAAAAUGCAAUUCAAAACAUCACCGCAGCUCCGAGGGUUCCCGAAAGAACUUUUGUCGAUUCUAGGCACGGAGAGAAACAACCCUUGGAUGCUUCAGGAUUGUAUCCGGUUUAUUUAAAUAAAAAAGAUUUUGGGAAAACCCCGAUCUAUUUAGAGAAACGAAAGAUGGAACUGGAGCAGAACGAAGCAGACAUGAGAGCCUACGUGGAGAUGAAUGAAAGGAAGAAUCAGAUGAAAAGAAUGACGGAAGAUGAGAGAAAUAUCAUUAUCAAAGGAUUGAAGGAUAACUGGGAGUACGUGUACAAGGAUUACCUGGCACUUCCCAUGGUCAUUGACACUCCGAUGAAGAAAUCGAUGAAAGAAAGAAUGGAGAGAGAUAUGGAGCAGCUGGAGAGAGACGCCAGGCUGAUCGAAUCGCAUAAAAUUAUCUACAUUGCCGAUUGA